CCGUGUCUCUGAUGGAGAGCUCAACAGUGUUGACCUACAGGGCUGUGGUAGUGACAACAGUCUGAACAGUAAUGCCAGUCUACCCAGUGUCCAGUGCCAUCGACGCCACACAGAGAGACGGGUGGCCAGCUGGGCGGCCUGCUUUGAGAGACUGCUGCAAGACCCGGUCGGAGUCAGAUACUUCUCAGAGUUCCUGAAGAAGGAGUUUAGCGAGGAGAAUAUUGUGUUCUGGCAGGCCUGUGAGUUCUUCAGCCAUGUCCCCGACAACGACAAGAAACAGUUAUCUCAGAGAGCUAGACAGAUCUAUAACAGUUAUUUAUCCAGUAAGGCCACUACGCCGGUCAACAUUGACAGUCAGGCCCAGCUGGCAGACGAUAUUCUCAACGCUCCCAGACCAGACAUGUUUAAGGAACAACAACUACAGAUCUUCAACCUGAUGAAGUUUGACAGCUAUACUCGCUUCCUGAAAUCCCUCCUGUAUCAGGAAUGUAUGUUAGCGGAGGUGGAGGGGAGGCCUCUACCAGACCCCUACCACAUACCCAGCUCUCCUACCUCCAAACACAGUACCGGGUCAGAUAGAUCCACACCCAAGAAGGAGGACAAGAAGACUAAGUCGGGCCGCUCUCUGAACGAAGAGAGAGAGAGGGAUGAGUGCGGAGGAGAUAAGAAGAAAGGCAUGUUCUUUUCGUGGUCACGGAACCGGAGCUUCGGGAAAGGCCCCAAGAAACGGGAUCUGGCAGACAUCAACUACAACUUCUCGGGCAGUAACGGGCGUCGGGAAUCACAAGGCUCUCUGUCAUCCGGAGCCAGUCUGGAACUGGGAACGUCCAGAUCUGGAAAGAACGAGGGUGGUUCUAUGGAGAGAGACAGAGAGCGAGGCGGUGACUCUGUAACCCUGAGACAGUGUAACAUCAACCUACCAGAUGGGACAAGUUGCUCUGUGCCGGUCAGAGCUGGGUUCUCCAUCAGAGAGCUGCUGGUGGGUCUCUGUGAGAAACUCUGUAUCAACGUGGCAGCUGUAGACCUCUUCCUAGUCGGAGGGGAGAAGCCUCUGGUUCUGGAUCAGGACUGUAUGACUCUGUGCUCUCGGGACCUCAGACUGGAGAAACGAACUCUGUUCAGACUGGACUUGGUUCCUAUAAACAGGUCAGUGGGUCUGAAGGCUAAGCCCACUAAGCCAGUGACGGAGGUUCUGAGACCUGUAGUGGCCAAGUACGGCCUCCAGCUGAACGACCUGGUGGCCCGCAUCAGUGGGGAGAAGGAGCCUCUUGACCUGGGUCUCCCCAUCUCUAACCUGGAUGGACUGAGAGUGGUGCUGGAUGUAGCUGACAACACACCUGGGAAGGACAAACCGAUCGGGGCUCCGUCUAAAACCCAGGCCCCGCCCCCUGCGACUAGGAACCAAUCAGCUACGCCCUCUGACCAAACUGUGUCCCGGGAUGAGAGGGCGUCAGGGAAGCCCAGCGCGGUGCUCGGCAACGGAAACAAGCCCUCCUCCUCUGCCCGUGACGACCGCCUCUUACCCAGCAGCCACCGCAAGACAGCGGCGCCAAAUAAAGCCCCGCCCACUGAAAAGAGAAAGCAGAAAAAGAUUACUGUAGACGAAGCUGAAGAACUCUUCCAGCUCAUAUCCAAAGCUCAGUGCAGCAGAGCAGACGACCAGCGAGGUCUGUUAGACAAGAGUGACCUGACGCUUCCCGACUUCCUCCGCCUCAGCCCUUCAUCACCACCCCUUCCUCCCGCCUGCGUCACCCAGCAAGGCCGCGACGGUGGUAACCAUGGCGAUAGCGACAACUACGGCUACGGGGAAAACAGACGUCACGGCAACAAGGAGGGUGGAGGCGGUGGCUCGUUCCCUUUUAACACCGGCAGCCAAUCGCAGAGCUUGGACUCCUCGCUCGGAACGGGAGGAGGAAGAGGGGGAAGACGAGCGCUCCUCCCCCCCUCCCACCACAACAGACCCCCUCCCCCGUUCCCCGGCACCACAGUCCACCCCCCCUCCCAGGGGCAGCACCACCUACGGGGUCUCCCCAGCCCAGACUGCACGGGGUCAGUACAGAUGUUACAAGAGGAACCCCUAGCUGACCUGACCCUGGUGGGAGAAGGGGACAUCAACAGUCCUAACUCCACUCUCCUAACCCCACACCACUCCUCCUCCACUACCCAUAACCCACCACGCUUCUCCCAACACGACCUCCACAGCUCGCCCUGCUCAGGCCAAGACAGGAGAGACGGAGACCAGAGGAGAGAGAGGGACAGAGGAGGCCGUUUCAAAUCUCACCAGAAGAGGGCGCCACCACCUCUCUCGAAACUCCCUCCUGCUGCUCCUGCUCCUCCUCGCUCUCGUAAAUCCAAAUCGCCCUCGCGCCCCAACCGAGCCAGGCUAGAUGUGGAUCGGGUUGAAACCAACUCCACACCUGAAGAUUCCGGGAGGUUCCGGGACCUCCGAGAUUCCAAGCUGGGACAGAACCGUGAGGGCGUGGCCUCGGAACUCUGCCGUGGCGGCAGGGUGAGGACGGGCGUGUACCAGACGUCAGAACUCCCGUCAUUGGUCAGCGCUAAGAGACAACCAGAGCAGAGAUGGAUUGGCAGGAGCCUAUCGGGAGAGAGACAGAUCGGCAGGAGCCAAUCGGCAGAGAGACAGAUCGGCAGGAGCCUAUCAGGAGAGAGACAAGGCGCGGCGGACAGAAGCAGGUUUAAGGCCACAUUUGUCUGAGAGUUAGAUUCUGUAGAACGGACUUCUGGUCAAAGACCUCCUUUAAUGGACACAUUUGUCUGAGAGUUAGAUGCUGUAGAACGGACUCCCUGGUCAAAGACCUCCUUUAAUGGACACAUUUGUCUGAGAGUUAGAUGCUGUAGAACGGACUCCCUGGUCAAAGACCUCCUUUAAUGGACACAUUAGUCUGAGAGUUAGAUUCUGUAGAACGGACUCCCUGGUCAAAGACCUCCUUUAAUGGACACAUUAGUCUACCGUUGGGAACGUUGGCUCAUUAAUUGAUGCUCAUCACUGAGGUCGGGGUCCAUGGAAAUUAAAAUCAUGAAUUCAACCUAAUUCUUUCUAUUCCAGCCUCAUGAAUAUCUGUUGUUGCUAUAGAGACUGCUCAUGUGUAUGAUAAAGCAUGUCUCUAUAGAUAUUGUGAUAUAGAAAUCUCCUGUAACUGACUAUAGAUAUUGUGGUAUAGAAAAUGACUAUAGUUGACUACAUUGGCUUCAGAAAUCACGUUGUUGUGUUACACCCUGCAUUUAAGGUGGAUUCAAUUAAAAUAAAUUCUCACCCAUCUACACACAAUACCCCAUAAUGACAUCACAGUACCCCACAAUGAUAUCACAAUACCCCAUAAUG